GUGAGCGGGUGGCUGACUGACGGACGGGUUUCAUAUUACCGUCAUCUACAGCACAUACAACCGCGCCGCCAUCGCCGUCGCCGUAGGAUGUUGUUGUUGCUGUUGCUGUUGCUGCUGCUGCUAUUGUUGUCGUUAACUAUUGUUGUUGUUGUCGGUAGGUACAAACCGGUCAGCUGCCGUCGUCGCCGUCACGGAGUCACCAUUCCUCCAUCUCCAUCUUCUUUGUUGUCGUUGUCGUCGUCGUCGGCCGUGCAGGCGCUGGGCGCGAGCGAACGAGCUGACAGGACAGGACAGGACAGGACAGACAAAUCGGCAAAUGCCAUGCUCUAGUGUUUGUUUCCCACCCGACCCCACACACGCCCAGACACCCCAGACACGCCCAGACAAGACAAGAUGUCGGUUCGGUUUCGGAAGGAUGCACUGCUCCCAAGCCUUGACUUAGCGGCGCGGGGAGU